UAGUCAGUAGAUGUAGUUAGGGAAAAGAGGCCAGAGUGGCAUAACGCAGGAGUAGGAUCACACACUUUGAUUCGAAUAAUGAGUAAUUGUCAUCUUCUUGUUAAUGUGGAGAAGUGGUUAGCAGAGAACCAGAAUGCUUUCCUGCCACCAGUGUGCAACAAGCUCAUGCACUUUUCCCAGUUAAACAUUAUGUUUGUUGGAGGGCCAAAUACAAGGAAGGAUUACCAUAUAGAAGAAGGGGAGGAACUCUUCUACCAGGUGAAGGGAGACAUGUGUCUGAAGGUGAUUGAAAAUGGCAAGAGGAAGGAUGUUCACAUCAAGGAAGGAGAGAUGUUUCUGCUGCCCGCUCGGAUUCCCCACUCUCCUCAGAGACAAGCCAACACUGUAGGACUAGUGGUGGAGAGGAAACGCCUACUUACUGAAACUGACUGCCUCAGGUACUAUGUUGACAACACAACUGACAUCCUGUUUGAGAAAUGGUUCUACUGCGAGGAUCUUGGAACCCAACUGGUACCAAUAAUUCAAGAGUUCAUGUCAUCAAUGCAGUACAAGACGGGAAAACCGGAUCCAAGUGAAGUCUUCAUGGAUCCUCCAUUCCAGAUGAACAACAUGAAUGUGAUGUUACCAUUCUGCUUCAAGUCCUGGCUGGAUAAACAAAAGCCAUUCCUUGUCAGUGGCAGCAACCCUAUUAACAUGUUCGGGGCUCAGUUUGAGACAGAGGCAACCAUAUAUGGACCUGGUUUGUCUGAUGUAUCCUUGCCACAAAGUGAUAUAUGGAUUUGGCAACUGGAGGGAUCGUCACAGGUAACCAUGAAUGCUCAAGAGUUUAAUCUCUCUGCUGGAGACAGUUUACUCAUUCCUGAGCACACCCAGUACCAGUGGAAGAGACAUGAGGCGGCUGUUGCACUUGUUGUGGUUCAAAACCCAGAGCGUAAAAGACCCUGAUAAUACCUACCAAUGACACUUUCAACAUAAAGCAAACUCGAAAUUAUUAAACAAAAGGUUUUUGAGACAUAAAUUGCACACAUAUUUAAAGCAACACUAUGUAACUUUUCAACCUUUAUAAAAUAUUUUCAUAACAUUUGUGAUGCAUAGACGUCAUAAUUUAUUGAUGGGACAAGGGGCCCUGACACUGCGCCAUGUCUUCGGGUAGGGGCUUGCCCACACCUGGCAUCAAGAGGAGUUAUUCUCAAACACACGCACGCACCGGUUUUAGGUUGAAAAAGUACGAAAGCUGUACCGCAUACAAACAGGAAGGAUGGUCUCAGGAGUGAUUUGUAUCAGUUCAAGGGUAAUGAUUAUAUUUUUCGUACCAUGCAUGGAUUUUGAAACAUUGUGAGAAAUUAGCCACUACAGCAUUGGCGUCCUACUUCGCAAUAUUUACGUAAAAUAGAAGCUAACUCGGUUUUUUGCUUUUAACCAAGAAUCGGGACUGUUUUACGUCAGAAUUCAGGGAUUUAAGCAUUUAUUCACAAGAAUUUUCAUCGUAAAACCUCUUUGUGGUGCUAAGGUGGCGCCACUUUCACUAAAAGACUAGCAUCACAUUCGACAUAUUUAUGUAAAAUAAAUGCUAACCGCCCGUUUUUUUGCUUUUAACCAAGAAUCGAGACUGUUUUACGUUCAUAUCUAUAAAGAAUUCAGGGAUUUAUUCACAAGAAUUUUCAACGUAAAAAGCUCUUUGUUGUGAUAAGGGGGCCGCCACAUUGGCUUACGGACUAGCAUCAUAUUUGACAUAUUUAAGUGAAAUAAAUGCUAAUUGCCUGUUUUUUUUGGGGGGGGGGGGUUUGGCUUUUAACCAAGAAUCGAGACUGUUUUACAUUCAUAUCUAUAAAGAAUUCAGGGAUUUAUUAACAAGAAUUUUCAACGUAAAAAGCUCUUUGUUGUGAUUAGGGGGCCGCCACAUUGGCUUACGGACUAGCUUCACAUUCGACAUAUUUACAUAAAAUAAAUACUAACUGCCCGUUUUUUUGCGUUUAACCAAGAAUUGAGACUGUUUUACGGCCAUAACGAUAAAGAAUUCAGGGAUUUAUUCACAAGAAUUUUCAAUGUAAAAAGCUCUUUGUUGUGAUAAAGGGGCAGCCACAUUGGCUUACGGAUUAGCAUCACAUUUGACAUAUUUACGUAAAAUAAAUGCUGACGGCACGUGGUUUUUUUUGCUUUUAACCAAGAAUCAAGACUGUUUUACUUUCAUAUCUAUAAAGAAUUCAGGGAUUUAUUGACAAAAAUUUUCAACGUAAAAAGCUCUUUGUUGUGAUUAGGGGGCAGCCACAUUGGCUUACGGACUAGCAUCACAUUUGACGUAUUUACGUAAAAUAAAAGAUAACGGCCCGUUUUUUUGCUUUUAACCAAGAAUCGAGACUGUUUUACGUUCUUAUCUUUAAAGAAUUCAGGUAUUUAUUCACAAGAAUUUUCAAUGUAAAAAGCUCUUUGUCUGUGUUUCCACUCGGUCAGCUUUGACGGAGAUAGGCCUCCUAUGAAUCGGCCUCGCUCCCUGUGUCUUGUCAAUAUAUUAUGAAGUCUAUGUGUGAUGAUAUGUCGACUGACAACUAGUUAAAUGACACCACUUUUUAAUCUUGAGGGGGUCUGUAUCGCUUUCACCAGCACUAAUUAACUUUGAGGGGGAUGGCAGGAACCCUGCCACACAAAAAACUACAAAUGUGCUGACUGCUUUACGGCAUACGUAACUUCCCCCUUUCCCCAUUCAUUAUAAAGACAGAAUUCUGCAAGGAUGGCAGAGCAACAAAAGGGACAAAAAGUUUUGUCCGAGGAGGGGGAAAAAAAGAGAGGCUACCUGGAAACUCAAGAAUGAACAUUGGGCUGAUUUACACUCGCUGGUCUGAGCCUCACCCCCCCCCCACACACACACACACACACACUUAACUGGUCAACGCUGACGAGGUGGGGGAGCGGGGGGCUUAGCCACACAGUUGCUAAUCGUCAUAUGCUAUUCUUUAGCGAUGACCGGAUUCAUUAACUUAUUAUUAUUUAUCCUUCACAUAGUCGCUGGAAACAGAAAUGUAGUUUAAUCCAUCUGCAGGCGACAGGGAAAUCAUGAUUUUACGACACUGUGCGAGUGUGCGCUGGUCCUCAUGGGAUAACACCACCGCUUUUGUCCACCGGCGUCGCUAAAAUCGACCAAAACUGAAAAGUUACUUAUUGUUGCUUUAACUGUACUGUAUUAGAAAAUACAAUUACAAUUGCAUACCUUUUGGAAUUAGCUCAAUGUGUCUCAAUCUGUAAAACUUGGUCAUAAAAUGAGAUUGGUCCUGUGUACUGUAGGUGCGAGCAUCGAUAAUCAAAUGGGACCAGGACUAUCACUCUGGUUAAAAUGUUGGUGCUAAAUUUCGGUAAUCUUACUCAAAACAAUACAAACUUGUCUUUUUCAGUGAUAAAAUUUUACUGCUUGCAGCGUUCAAAGAAUUCACUUUCAAGAUCUGCAAUUUAUACAAUCACUUUUUAAUAAAAUCACGUUCUGUUUGCAUUGUUACAAUGGCUGAAAAUGUAGAAAACUACCUUUGACUAGGACCCUUAUUUUUAUUUUUAUUUAGAACAAUAAUGACACAAAUGUAGUUAGAAUCCAAUCACAUGUAGAAAGUUAAGUCCUCAAAAUCACACUUCAUUAAAAAAGAAAAAUGUUUCACAAUAUUUUUUGUUUGUGGUUUGUUCCAAAAUGCGUUUUAAGUUCUUUGGUUGGUAGCAGCUGUUGGAAGCUCAUUUUUCUAGAUGGCAGCAAUAGCUGUUCAAUUGCACAUUCUUAUCCUGAGAGUGUUUUUGAUCACAUGUUGCUCAGCGAUGAAGGCUGCAACAGCCCAAGGUAACGCAUACUCCAGAGUCACCAGUCCUCUCAGAUUGUAUUUGUAAUGCGAGUAGUCCCAGGGACAAGCCCCCAACAGCCUGAGCCCGCUCCCCCAGCUGAACUCCCAUAAGUAGAUGAACAGCGUGUAGAUUAUCAGACGCACAGACAGCGGUUGAUGAUGAGUCAGCAGCCAACCUCUCAGUCUCUCCAUGAGGUAAAUUGCAGUGGCAUACAUUGGCAGCGCCCAAAGACUGCUGUAUCCCAUCAUCCUCUGGUCCUGGAUGCUGUACCAGUCCAACACAGCAGUGAAAGUCACUUCACAAAAGCAGCCAUGCAAUGCAUACACAUAGAGACGAGCCAGAACCGAGAGAGAACAAGUGGAGACCCUCUCAGAAAGCUCUGCUUCUUCCCGGUCUUCAACAUGUCCUGCUGCCAAGAAUGUUUUGUUAGUGCAACAUGAGGUGGUGAAGUACAAGAUGAAACAUUAUUCACUGAACUGAGUGGAUGUAAUUGCAAACGGAGAUAGAACACCAAAUGACACUCAAAAAGUGAAGUAAUUUUUAGACUAUAAGCUGCACCCCACAAAUUUGACACGAAAACGGCAUUUGUCCAUAGAUAAGACACAAUGGACUAUAAGCAGCACCUACCAAAUUUGACAAGAAAACUAUUUCUUCGUGUAUAAGCUGCACUGAACUAUAAACCAAGGGUAUAGUCACAGACUACUAGAGACUACUUUUGUCGCGAUACUAUCAUAUUUUCAGGUUGUUAUCUAUUCUUAAAAAAACGAACCAUUUUCGAUACUACAU